CACUUUAUCCGGUGAACUUCCUCUGCUGACCUCUUCAAAUCACUGAACACUGGGAGUUUCUCCUGAGCAGCAACAUUUCACUCUAUUGCUUCCUGUUUUCUGGAGAAAUGUUGGAAAAGAUCUUGUUCCUGCUCUGUUUGUCGUCCGCCUUGGCAGAGCAAAACUUCACGUACCUCUGCACGCAAAAUGCUGCUGCAGAGGGCUACAAAGUUCGACUCAGCAUCCAAACGGCUCUGGGAAAUGAAGCUUACGCCUGGAACGAAAAUGAAAUGUUCCUUUUCCAAGCAACUCUGGCUUUUGCCAUGAGGAAUCACAUCCCAGGACCGGAAUUUGAAGUGACGAACAUCGUUGUGUGUAAAGAGACUCCCAGAGUGUCCUUCCACUUCGUGGUGAAGUUGCCGGGGAACACUACGGAACUUGUUCCUAAGAGCGAAGUGGAGGAGGCUGUGAGAAAGUCGAGGCAUCGCAUCAACGGCGCCUUUCUGCUAACAGAUAACACCCUGGAGUUCAUCGGCAUCCUACCAACCCUCGCAGCUCCGGUCCAGCCAGGCACCCCACCGUGGCUCAUUGCGUUUGGGGUGGUCAUGGGGAUAGUCGGCGCUGGCAUCGUCAUUGUGCUCGUGUCCUCCAUGUUGCAAAAGAGAAAGAAGAAGGAUGGGAGACCAGACGACGAGGACCAAGAUGAUGAAGAGACGCGGGUAAAAACGGAGAACGGCGUCGCAAAUGAGGGUGUUUAUAACCAGUCAUUUGCAGAUGAGGACAGGUUCACAGCGAUGUAGAACACUUCUGCAAAAACACUUCCAUGUAAGCAAUGAGAUGUGAGGAAAUGCCGUUAAGCUGCUCUACGUGGGAUUUAAUUUCACCGUCUAAAGGAAAUAUCAUUUUAGUUUCUAAUUGAAAUCACUUCUCUUGUAGAGAUCAUCUGCUGAACAUUUCAAUACUGUAUUCAAGUGCUGCCACAAGAAGAAACAAGUACUUGCAAUUUUUCAUGCCCGUACUUUCAUUUGAAUUUGAAUUUUUUUUUUUUCUGUGUUGAGGGAAGAUAAAUUAGAGAUCUCUGUGUGUUUUGGGGUAUGAGUGUUGAUAUUCUGCAAUAGAUUCAGUCUAUUUAUCUGCUCUGCGAAGAAAAAUCAGAUUAAUCUAAAGAAGCCAGAACCUGGCGCCCUUCGAGAUGCAGGCGAUGUACAAAAUCGAUUUCAUGGUGACCUAGUAGGAAAUUUCCUGAAAUGCUUUGCGAAAAUACUGAAAUGUCUCUUUAUCUGUACUAAUGUUUGUACAAGGCUUUAAGAUUAUAUCUUAAGAGGACAACACUGCCUCCUGCAGACCAGUUAGUUACUAGCAAGUGACUUAACAUUUUAUGCAGUGCCUUAAUAUUAAAUGGUCUUUUUUUCAAAGAUGCUCCAAUAUUUUAAUAUCUAUUACAUAUGUUCAGAUAUUAUAAUGUUGUGUAGAAAUGCUUAACUUGUUUUCCAGUCCUAUUAAUCAUUGUUUGACUCGUCAGAUAUAUUUUUUACAAUCAUAUGGAAAUACUAGGGACUGCUCACUACUACUAAAUUAAAUUGGCAAAUUUCCCACUUGC